GUGUUUGUUCCACCAGCCGCUGCCAAACAGAAAUAGGUUGCUCUGUUGCCAUAUCCCGAAUUAGACAUGGCUGCGACCGGAGUUCUCCCCUUUAUCCGGGGAGUAGACCUGAGUGGGAAUGACUUUAAGGGGGGCUAUUUUCCUGAACAUGUCAAGUCUAUGACCAGUUUGCGAUGGCUGAAGCUGAACAGAACGGGCCUUUGCUAUCUUCCAGAGGAACUAGCCUCCCUACAGAAACUGGAACAUUUGUCUGUGAGUCACAACAGUCUCACAACGCUGCAUGGAGAAUUGUCAAGUCUUCCCAAUCUGAGGGCGGUUGUGGCCAGAGCAAACAACCUGAAGAACUCCGGUGUUCCUGAUGAUAUUUUUCAGCUGGAUGAUCUUUCUGUGCUGGAUCUGAGCUACAACCAACUAACCGAAAUCCCCCGGGACUUGGAGAACUCCAGAAACAUGUUGGUUUUAAAUCUCAGUCACAAUAGCAUUGAUAACAUACCGAAUCAGCUGUUCAUUAACCUCACUGAUCUGCUGUACCUGGACCUAAGUGACAAUAAUUUGGACAGUCUGCCGCCUCAGAUGAGACGCUUGGUCCAUUUACAGACCCUCAUACUCAACAACAAUCCGCUGAUGCAUGCACAGAUGAGGCAGUUACCAGCUAUGGUGGCUCUUCAGACCCUCCAUUUAAGGAACACGCAGCGUACUCAAAAUAAUAUGCCCACCAGUUUGGAGGGUCUCCUCAAUCUAGCAGAUGUGGACUUGUCCUGUAAUGAUCUGACGCGGGUUCCAGAAUGCUUGUAUUCUCUGGCUAAUCUUAAACGGCUGAAUCUGAGCAGCAAUCAGAUAUCUGAACUGUCACUGUGCAUAGAUCAGUGGACCAAACUCGAGACGCUCAACCUUUCUAGAAAUCAGCUCACAUCUCUGCCUUCUGCUAUUUGCAAGCUGUCCAAGCUGAAGAAGCUUUACGUCAACUCCAACAAAAUCGAUUUUGAUGGCCUUCCGUCUGGUGUGGGAAAAUUAUCUAACCUUGUUGAGUUCAUGGCUGCAAAUAAUAAUUUGGAGCUUGUUCCAGAAGGGCUGUGCAGGUGUGGGAAGUUAAAAAAGCUGGUUUUGAACAAGAACCGGCUUGUGACCUUACCAGAGGCCAUCCAUUUCCUCACAGAGCUGGAGGUUUUGGACGUUCGUGAGAAUCCAAAUCUUGUCAUGCCCCCUAAACCAGUGGACAGGACAGCAGAGUGGUACAACAUAGACUUUUCGCUGCAGAACCAGCUACGAUUAGCUGGUGCUUCUCCAGCCACUGUAGCAGCAGCUGGUGGAGGAAAUAGUCCAAGAGACCAUAUGGCCAGGAAAAUGAGGCUGAGGAGACGCAAGGACUCAGCCCAGGAUGAUCAGGCUAAACAGGUGCUGAAGGGAAUGUCAGACGUGGCUCAGGAGAAGAACAAAUCCAUUGAGGAGAACGGAGACUUGAAAUACUCUGAUCUGAAAACCAAGCGCUGGGAUAAAAACCUGGAGAAGCCUCAGCUGGAUUACUCUGAGUUCUUCUUGGAGGAUGUGGGCCAGAUCCCUGGCGUUUCGAUUUGGCAGAUAGAAAACUUUAUACCCAUCCAGGUGGACGAGGCCUUCCAUGGGAAGUUCUAUGAGGCAGACUGUUACAUCAUUCUCAAGACAUUCUUGGAUGAAAAUGGAGCUCUAAACUGGCAAAUCUUUUAUUGGAUUGGGCAAGAUGCUACUCUUGAUAAGAAAGCCGGCUCUGCCAUCCAUGCUGUCAAUCUCCGUAAUUAUUUGGGGGCAGAGUGCAGGACUAUCAGAGAGGAAAUGGGAGACGAGAGUGAAGAAUUCACUGCGGUGUUUGAUCAUGAAAUCUCCUACAUUGAGGGCGGAACAGCCAGUGGAUUUUACACAGUAGAGGACACGCAAUAUCCAACCAGGUUGUACAGGAUUUAUGGGAAAAAGAACAUCAGAUUAGAGUCUGUGCCUCUGAAAGCGUCAUCACUCGACCCACGAUUUGUCUUUUUGUUGGACACUGGUCUUGAAAUAUAUAUUUGGAGAGGAGGCAAUGCAACACUCGGUGGUACUACAAAAGCAAGGUUAUUUGCUGAGAAAAUCAACAAAAAUGAGCGAAAAGGCAAAGCAGAGAUAACAACUUUGAUGCAAAAUCAAGAACCGCCAGAAUUCUGGGAAGUUCUUGGAGGACAGCCGGAGGAAAUCAAGAAACAUGUGCCUGAUGACUUCACUCCUAUCAGACCCAAGCUCUAUAAGGUUGGCUUGGGCUUGGGAUACCUUGAACUUCCUCAGAUCAACUACAAACUCUCUGUGGAGCACAAAGACAAGCUCAAACUAGAUGUUGUCCCAGAACUCAGACUGGUACAAGGUCUUUUGGACACUAAAGGGGUCUACAUCUUGGAUUGCUGGUCUGAUGUGUUCAUUUGGAUUGGCCGUAAGUCUCCGCGUCUUGUAAGGGCAGCUGCGUUGAAGCUGGGUCAGGAGGUUUGCGGAAUGCUCCAUCGGCCAAAACAUGCUGUGGUCAUCCGUAAUCUGGAGGGCACCGAAUGCCAGGUCUUCAAAUCCAAGUUCAAGAAUUGGGAUGAUGUGCUGAAGGUGGAUUAUACCAGGAAUGCAGAGAGCGUGAAGCAGGAGGCAGGUUUGUCUGGAAAAGUGAAGAAGGAUGCAGAGCAGAAGGACCAGAUGAAAGCUGACCUGACUGCUCUGUUCCUGCCUAGACAACCAGCCAUGCCCCUCACAGAGGCGGAGCAGAUGAUGGAGGAGUGGAACGAGGAUUUGGAUGGCAUGGAGGGAUUCGUUCUGGAGGGGAAGAAGUUUGCUCGUUUACCAGAAGAAGAGUUCGGUCACUUUCACACUCAGGACUGCUAUGUGUUUCUCUGCAGGUACUGGGUGCCAGUGGAGUAUGAGGAUGAUAAGGAGAAAGGCAAAGAGAAAGGAGAAGAGGGAGACGAUGAGGACAAACAGACUGAAGAAGACUUCCAGUGUGUGGUUUACUUCUGGCAGGGCCGUGAAGCCUCCAACAUGGGCUGGCUGACCUUUACCUUCAGCCUGCAGAAGAAGUUUGAGAGCUUGUUUCCAGGAAAACUAGAGGUUGUGAGGAUGACGCAGCAGCAGGAGAAUCUCAAGUUCUUGUCACACUUCAAGAGGAAGUUCAUCAUCCAUAAAGGCAAGAGGAAGCUAAAAGUGGACAGUGUGCAGCCAAGCUUGUAUCACAUCAGGACAAAUGGAAGCGCACUAUGCACCAGGACUAUUCAAAUAGCCACAGACUCCAGUAACCUAAACUCUGAAUUCUGCUUCAUAUUGAAAGUGCCAUUUGAAAGUACAGACAAUCAGGGAAUAGUGUACACAUGGGUGGGCCGAGCAGCAGAUCCAGACGAAGCCAAACUGGCAGAGGACAUCAUGAACACCAUGUUUGAUGACACCUACAGCAAACAGGUGAUAAAUGAAGGAGAAGAGCCAGAAAAUUUCUUCUGGGUUGGCAUUGGCUCACAGAAAACGUAUGAUGAGGAUGCAGAGUACAUGAAAUAUGCUAGAUUGUUUAGGUGCUCAAAUGAGAAAGGCUACUUUGCUGUAUCAGAGAAGUGCUCAGACUUCUGCCAAGAUGACCUGGCUGAUGAUGACAUCAUGCUUCUGGACAAUGGGAAAGAGGUUUACAUGUGGGUUGGCACACAGACAAGCCAAGUGGAGAUUAAACUGAGCUUGAAGGCUUGUCAGGUCUAUAUUCAACACAUGAGGUCUAAGGAUACGGAGCACCCCAGAAAACUGCGCCUGGUUCGCAAGGGCAACGAGCCUCACUGUUUCACCCGCUGUUUCCACGCAUGGAGCGCCUUCAAGACGGCCCCCGCAUAAAUCAGCAAAGUCUGUCUGAAUACAGUACGAGCAUUCAGAAAACAAACAGCACACACACAGCAGACUCUCCAUUAUUAAUGUGCAAUGCAUCACUCUCUUUAAAAAGCUCACGUACGUGUUUGCUAGUUGAAGCAAUAUUAUCGAAUUUUUAUAUUUCUGGGUAGAUUUAAGAGUCUAAACGAUACAGCACUGGGGGGGUAAGUACCCAGCAAGUUUUUUUGUUUUUAAAAGAUGUCUAAUAGACGUCUAAACAUCGUCUUAGCUAAAACAAGGCUAAACUUGGGCUGUCAGUGACAAUCUAAUAGACAUCUAAUAAAAAUAGGCCAAAACUAGACUAGUCAUCAAAUAAACAGAAAUGAAUGACUAUACAUAUGAAGUCUGUCUAUUUGAAGUCUAGUUUUUGGCUAAUCUUAGACGUCUAUUAGAUUUUCACAAGUUUAGCCUUGUUUUAGCCACUCUGUCUACGUUUAGAUGUCUAUUAGACAUCUAUUAAACAGAAAAGUGUUUGCUGGGGCAUUUCCUCGAGAGAUUGGAUGCUGUAUUCCUGAAGGGACGAGUUUUAGAGGAACAUAUCGAUUGAGGGAGAGUCUACUUUUUGUUUUAAAAGCCGUCUGGCUGCACAAUUGUUGUGAAUUGUCAUCUGUUUACAUUUUCUAAAUUCUGCAGCAGAUCUCUUCAAGAUGGCUCAUAUCAUUUGUUCUGGGUUCAUGUUCUUAAGUUUUAUUUCGUAGAUGCAUAUCACACUUAUUGCCAAGGCUUUCAGGUAUUGGAAGUUCAACACCCGGGUCAGUUUUUGUUGCUGAUUUGGUGCCUCUCACAACAGUUUUUUAAUGAUGUUUGCCUUUGAAUGUUUCAUUCCAUCAGCCUGAUCUAUAUUUCGCUUCACUGUUGGGAUGUUGACUUGCCAAUGCUGAUGGAACAAUGAAUUGCACAGUUCAUGUGGGAUGUUAUUUCAUUUAUGAUAUAGUUUAUGCUUUUAUGCCCUUAAACUGCCCUGUACAUGUACAUCCAUACCAAUGCAGCAGUCGGCUGGGUUGAACCCGUCGAUUUUAAUUCAAAUCACAAUCUGUAAUGGCUAAUACCGACGAUACAGUUUGGUCUUCACAUAUCAAGGCUGAUUUAGCCGUUUAGCCGACACUGUUUCAUCAAACGCAGAUUGUGCUGUUUUUUUUUUUUUAAUGAAAGAAAAACUUCAUGGUCCUAUGUACGGAUCACUUCAUAGUUUUUGCUUUUUUGAGUAUUUGUUGAUCUUGGACAGGGAAAUUUGUUUAGCCAAGGAAAUGAAUAUUCUUAUUUUAAUUAUGCUAAUCAAAUUUAUGACGGUCAUAAAAGGGAUUAGGUAGAGGUAAAACGCGUUUUUUGAUAUUGAAGGUGAGUUCCCCUGUUCUGUUUCUUUUUGUCACAGCAGCUUUUUUUGUCUGCAUAAUAUAUAUAAAUGUAUUUCUAUGUGUACAAAUAUUUUCUGCCACUUAUUUCACCUGCAGAUGCUCUAUUUAUGUAUUUUGUAUUGAAUAAAGUUUCAUCGCACAUCUGUAUGGAA